AUGCGGGAAGAUGAAGGGCUGUCGCCUCCGCAGUACCCGGGAGAUGAUACGCGUCCGACAAGUAGGAAGGAGCUUGCUGGGUGGUAUAGCUAUAGCUGGGCAGCUGAAGUUUUCACAGUAUGUGCCAUGGGCUCUUUCCUCCCUAUUACGCUAGAGCAAAUGGCUCGAGAUCGCGGCGUCCUUCUUUCAGACAAAGUAACUCCAUGUCAGGCAACUUGGAAAGCUCCGAAGCAGUUAUCGCCACAUGAGACAUUGAGCCAAACCCUUAUCAAUGCAUUGCGCUAUGGUCGAGAUGUACCAGGUGCAAGCCAGUGUGUUGUCUACAUUUUUGGCGUAGAGGUUAAUACUGCUAGCUUCGCCAUGUAUACAUUCUCAGUGAGUGUCUUAGUCCAAGCCGUUCUGAUAAUAUCAAUGUCAGGUGCUGCAGACCAUGGGACUUAUCGAAAAGUCUUCUUGUUGACGUUCGCUCUCGUUGGCUCCAUUUCCACAAUGUCAUUUCUCUCAGUUGUACCAAAGCUCUACCUCCUUGGGGCUCUUUUUGCAAUUAUAGCAAAUACCUGUUUUGGAGCGUCCUUUGUACUCUUGAAUUCGUUCCUACCGCUUUUAGUUCGCUACCAUCCAUCUUUACUUAGGGGCCGCAAUGAAAUAUCCCGUCAGGGUGCAAUGGGUGACGAUACCUGGGGUAACACUUCCCACGAUGUGAAUAACGUCACAACUCCAUUGCUUCGCUCCGCCCAAGUCGACAAUGGAACAAUUACAGAGAAUGCAGCCCGUGUCUCUCUCGCAGAUACAUCGCUAGAGUUGGAACUCUCCACGAGAAUAUCUUCAUAUGGAAUUGGAAUUGGUUAUAUCGGUGCUGUCUUAUUACAGAUAGUUUGCAUUCUGGUUGUCAUCAGCACUCAUCAAACGACGUUCUCAUUGCGACUUGUCCUCUUUGUGAUUGGACUGUGGUGGUUUGUUUUCACGAUACCGGCAGCACUUUGGCUACGGCCCCGUCCCGGUCCACCACUAUCGUGUGCUCAAGACGGAAAACAACACUCAUGGCCUGGAUAUAUCAUUCAUGCUUGGAAGUCACUGGGUCGUACUGUGAUUCGGACACGACGCCUGAAAGAUAUCAUGUUAUUCCUUGCAUCGUGGUUUCUUUUAAGCGAUGGAAUUGCCACUGUUAGUGGCACAGCCGUUCUUUUUGCUAAAACUCAGCUGGGCAUGCAGCCUGCCGCAUUGGGUAUGAUCAACGUUGUCGCAAUGCUUGCUGGGGUAUUUGGUGCCUUUUCCUGGAGUUAUAUAUCUCGGCUGCUCAAUCUUCGCGCAUCACAGACUAUCAUCGCAUGCAUUAUCUUGUUUGAACUUGUACCACUCUAUGGCCUUCUUGGAUUCAUUCCAGCAAUUAGAGAUUUGGGAUUUCUUGGCCUCCAGCAGCCAUGGGAAAUGUUCCCUCUCAGCAUCGUGUACGGUCUGGUUAUGGGUGGGCUAUCUUCAUAUUGCCGAAGCUUUUUUGGGGAACUGAUACCCCCUGGGUAUGAAGCAGCCUUUUACGCCUUGUACGCUAUCACCGACAAGGGCUCGAGCAUCUUUGGCCCAGCUGUCGUUGGCAUAGUCACAGACCGCUAUGGGGAGAUUAGGCCUGCAUUUGUCUUCCUUGCUAUUCUGAUACUGCUCCCACUGCCGCUCAUGCUCCUUGUGGAUGUUGACCGCGGAAAAAGGGACGCGCUUGCAUUGUCAGCAGAGUUGGAAGGUAGUCAAGAACUCAAUGCGCCUACCUAUGGAGCGGUGCCUUGUAAUCGGAACGAUAGUGAAAGCGCUGUAGUGCAGAGUGAGUGA